AAUUUUAAGGAUGCUUUAUAUUCUUGUUUGUCUAUGGUUUUAAUUUAGUUAUUUUUUUAUAGUUAUCUUUUUUUUAUUUUAAGAUGUUGAUGCUACAUCGUAAUUGUUGAGUUGUUAUAGGUAAGGUUAAUUGUUAAACGUGUAUAUAUUGUUAUCUAAAUCUAAAUUAAUUUGUAGAUUAAAUUCCGUAUAAACUUGACACGUGAGCCAUUAUAUGCAGUCCAAAAUUGAUAUUUUUGUUAGAUACUGUAUUUUAGGGACCCAUUAUCGAAAAGGAUAACAAGAGCCAGUUGAGCUGUGCCCUAGUAUCAACAAGUCCCCAAUUUAUUCAACCAAGGAAAUGAAUCCAUUAAAUAAAAUCAUAUUCCUAUCUGCAUUCCUAGCAUCUGGAUUCUUAUUGAUCUUGUUGUCAUGUGCAUUAUACAAUAAUUUCAAACCAUUAUGGGUGAUAUUAAUCUUUUUAUUAGCUCCACUACCGAAUAUAGUUUCUUCAUCGAUUGAUAAUAAUCGAGAUGAUUUCUUAAGGUUUAAUAGUAGUGAUAUGAAUAAUCCAUCUCCAGUUCAAGAGUUUUGUAAGUCAUUGACAGGAUUUUUAAUUGUUAGUGGGGUGGCGUUACCGUUAACUUUCUAUCAUACUAAUCUUGUUGAAUUUGGGUCCAUGUUAAUGAGUAUUGUUGGUGGUUUAAUUGUCUAUUUUGAUAUUACAAUCUUUAUAUGGUUCUUUUCAGAGGAAGAAGAUGAAAAUGAUGAUUUCAACUUCUAGAUUUGAUCAACUUUUAAGUGAAGAUAAACCAUGACUUAACUUACCGAAUAUAAAAUAAAUUAGAUUUAAUCAUUAACCUUAGAAUUCAAAUACAAGCAAAAUAAGA